AUGCGCGAGUUCUUCAACUACUUUCUCGAGUCCUUCCGGGAUGCGACCGGGUGGAGCCGCGACAAUGGCUAUUCCACCCUCAACGAGACAGCCAAUGAGCUGCUCAACUUCCACUCUCCACGGGGGCUGCGCAUGACCCUCGCCUCGCUCGCUACGCCACACUUCUCGACCUCGUACACCCUCGGCACCAUCGGCGCCGUCGACGGCUCCAUCUCCUACCUCUACUCGUCCGUGCCGCUCUCCAAUGCCGUCGCGCAGUCGGCAUCCAUAUCGCUGCCCACCCUGCUAAGGUCGUUCCGGCAGCUGCAGCCCGGCUUGGCCCCCUCAUCGCCCUAUGCCGCCUCCCUGACCCCCCCGCCGCUCCCGCUCGAGUCCAUCUUCCCGUUUGCGUCCUCUGUCUCUGCAGCAGCAGUAGCAACAACAGAGACAACACCCGCAUCCAGCGACCCUCCUUCUUCGUCACUCCUGUCCAACGACUACCUCGUGCCGGCAGCGGAGCGGCUCGCACACCUCGUGCACGAGGCUCGCCGGCUCGUCGACAAACCCGUCCUGCUCUGCGGACGCCUAUACCUACCGCGGUCCAUGCUGGAGGCCUACAUAUGCAAGCGCCUAGCAACGUCGCUGCAGCUGCAGUUGCGUGCCGUCAGCGAUGCCAAACUGCCCAACGGCGGCACCGUGCUGGGCAUCUUGCAGUACGACUGUGGCACAUACGGGUUGGAGGGUCUGGCAUCGUCUGACGGGGGCUUACUGGGCGUGCGCGGCCUGUACAACUUUGGCGACGGCAAUGGAAGCGGCAGCAGCAGCUACGGAAACAACGGAAAUGGAAGCGGAUCUGGCAGCAACAGCAACGGCAGCGGCGACAGAUCCAGCUCGCACAACCCCGACGACAGCGCCGAGCGUCUCCAUGGCGGCCGCUUCAGCGCAGGCGGCGAGAUUUACUACGGCACGCUGAACAAGUCGGGUGGCAUCUCGCUGGGCGCACGGUUUGCCACGCUGCCGAGCAACAGCGGCACGCCGCUCACAGCCACCAUGACCAUCAAUCCGCUGAUGGGCAACAUCAGCGCCAGCUACGCCGUUGUGGCGCGCGAAUACUGCUCGCUGGCGACCAAGUUCGACUUCAACGUUUACAGCUACGAGAGCGAGUGGGCCGUGGGCAUGGAGCUCUGGAGCAAGCGGCGGCUGGCCGGCCUCGUGGCUGACGAUCUGGAUGUGGAAAGUGACAGUCAGCGUGAGAGAGGAGUAGCAGUUGCUUCGUCGUCGUCCACGGGCACUGCAGCAAUUUACACUGGUGCAGCCACAUCUACAGCUGCAGCCCCAACUACAGCCAUAGCCCCUAUCAAAACAGCCCCUUUCACCAAAGCCCCUUUCAAGACAGCCCCAUCCACAGCUGCAACAGGCUCUAGCAGCGGAAAGGAGGCGUCGCCGAACCAAACACCAAAUCCGGCCCUUCCAGUAUUCCCAGAAAGAAGCUUCCAGGCGAAGCUCGAAUGGCGGCUUGACGACCCCGCCGUCGAGUCGCCCGGCGUCGCUGCCACUGUGGCGAAGCACGACGAUAAGCCGCUUGGCAGGAAAUCUGCUGACGACGAGUACCAGGGGGUCUUGAAGGCGCGUCUCGACCAGAACCUGAAAAUUGGCCUGUUGUGGGAGGGCCGGAUCCAGUCGCUCCUGUUCAGUCUUGGCUCAGUGGUCGAUCUCAACAAACUAGACCAGCCGUUCCGCACGCUGGGCCUGCAAAUACAAUUCUCUUCCUGA